AUGUGCAAGUUUCGCGACCGAAGGGAGCCUGGAUAUAAGAGUAUCUAUGGCAUUCUCGUCAGAUUCCAGACGCUGGCGGGCCCCACCGUAUCAGCUCGUUCGAAGCAAGCUGAUGAUUUCCUAAUCGCCCAACGACAAUUCGAGGCAAACGAGAUCUUGGCGUUUAAUGUUCACAAAGGAAACAAGCCCUUCAAUCUCACGUUGGAAACGACGGCCAAAAUUGAAAACAAACAUUUCUUGGUCCCACGCGAGAUCACCGAGUUCUAUAUAGGAAGAGAAAAAUUGGCAGUCGACCUGCGAGAAAGGUUCCUUGCACCCUUGGAUAAACAAAAGCGGUAUGUUCUCUAUGGGCUUGGGGGGUCUGGUAAAUCGCAAUUCUGUUUGAAGUUUGCUGCGGACAAUAAACAAAGGUUUUGGGGGGUGUUUUGGGUAAAUGCCAGCACCCAAGCAUUUGCUGAGCAGGCAUUCUGCAACCUCGCUCGUAUUAACAAUCUCGAGGAAAAAUUCGAAACAGGCCUGCAUUGGCUAUCAACGCAGGAGAGACCGUGGCUUCUCAUCAUUGACAAUGCAGACGACACUCAAUUCGAUUAUGCUCGUUAUUUCCCGGCUGGUGGAAAGGGACACAUCAUACUUACCUCACGCAACAAUCAGUGUCAAGUACACGCAACAAUAGGAUUCCAAGAGUUCAUCAGCUUGGAAGAAAAUGAUGCUAUCACUCUCCUCUUACACUCAUCCCUGCUCCCUGUGACCAACGAGGAAUAUAGAAAGACUGCCCAUGCUAUAGUUAAGACCUUGGGUUGUCUUCCACUUGCACUCAUUCAAGCUGGUUCAUCCAUUCAACAAGAUAUAUGCUCGUUGGACGAUUACUUGGACGUUUUCAAUUCCUCGAAAGAGAUCAUCUACUCAAAUCACCGAAUACAAGGCAGAGGCUCCUACGAGCAUAACAUUUACACAACGUUUGAGGUUUCUUUCAAUGCCAUUGCCAGGAUGCGGACGCAAAGAGCAAUGGAUGCUGCUGAGAUUCUUCAAUUAAUUGCCUUCCUUCACAAUGACGAAGUACCCGAAGCCCUUUUUCAGAACGCAUGGAGGAGUAUAUUGGUUCAUAAACGAGCGAUUCCCAAUGUUGUCUACGAAAUGGUUACGGGUGUUUUUGGAGAUCUUGUCACCCUCUCGACGUCCUAUUGGGGCUGGCUUACUUUCUUGGCUGAAGGUCGCUUUCCACGAAUCUUCUCACAGACUGGCAUGCGAUGGGAUAAAAUUCGUUUUCGGGACGCAAUUGCUCUUCUUCGCUCGUACUCUUUAAUAUUCCAAAAUACCGCAGUGGAGAGUUACUCAAUGCAUCCGAUGGUUCAAUUUUGGGCCCGCGAACGCCUGAGACCUCGAGCACAAAAGGUGUGGGGCAUGAUAGCAGCGAGAGUUCUAGCAGAAGGCAUUACCACAGCAACGAAGGAGUCGGAUGUCAUCUACCGGAGGCACCUAAUACCUCACGUCGAUUCUUGUUUGAGGAUUGACGCUGUUGACUCCCGGCAGGGUAUAGAGUUUGACGGGUCUAUUUCUGGUCAAUUUGCUAAAUUUGCCGCUAUCUAUUCCGAGGGGGGUCGUUGGGUUGACGCCUCGAGAAUCCAAGAACUGCUCCUCAAGCAUAGACGGGAGAAGUUGGGAGAAGACAGCGAUGAAAUCCUCGAGAUCAUGGCAGGACUCUCAGAGAGUUAUUGGAACUCGAGCGACCUUAAAAAAGCCCUCAAGAUACAAGAGAUUCUUCUAAAGAGUAGUGAGCAGCGUCUGGGAUCAUGUGAUCCGCGUACCUUGCAAGCAAUGGAUAAUUUAGGGCGCACAAAGUGGUUAUGCGGUUCGAUUUCCGAGGCCCAUGACCUCGGAAAGCAAGCCUAUGAACUUUCAACCAAAGUUCUUGGCGCAGAUCACCCUCUUACUCUAAGUGCCAUGACUAAUUAUUCUCGUAGCUGCGCUCAUCUCGGAGACUGGAAAACUGCACGAACAUUGCUUAUGGCGGCUUGGGAGGGGCGAAUAAAGAUUUUGGGUGAAAAACAUUUGGACACACUAGAGACGAUGCAAGAGCUUUCAAUGUGCUGCCUUUCGCUCAACGAAGUUGACGAAGCGGCAAAUCUAAUGUACUUCGUGUUGGACAACAGGAAGCGUCUUCUGGGCCCAGAACAUGCCUAUACUCUCUGGUCCAUGAACGAUCUUUCAAAGAUCUAUUGUGCCCAACGCUACCCGAGAGAUGCCGUGGACAUUCUUAUUCCGACUAAAGAAAUCGCGUUGCGUACCUUGGGCAUAGCCCAUAUAGGUACCUCGAUGACAUUCUUCAACCUCGCCCAUUCCUACACAUUGUUAGGUGAGCUUGGUCAAGCUGAAUCAAUUCUGAUGGAACUGAUUCAGCGAGAGGAAUCAUCAAUUGGACCGGACCAUGCCGAUGUAUUCUCCGCGAAGAUUGAGUUGGCCCGUGUGUUGAGGAAAAAGGGAGAGUUGAGAAAGGCUCGAAGAAUGUCGCAGCAGGCCUUUGAGGGUAGAAGUGCAGUCUAUGGACCUAAGAGUCCUCGAACCAUUCAAGCCAAGAAAUUAUACGAAACGAUAUCUCGGGAGAUGGAAAUGACAACGAGUCCUGAGGCCUAA